AUUCGAUUGUUUUAGUUUUUAGUUAGUGAUUUGCGCUGUUCGUGUUACCAUGUUAAGAAUAUUGUUCCUUAUAUCUUGUUCCUGCGUUUUAGCGCAAGGAAAAAUCAACGAAGAUGAAAAAAUGGAUGUAUUUCGUUUGCCCAACAACACCCAACCGACUUCUUAUAGGUUACAGAUUACGCCUAUUAUUGAUCCCUUAAACAAUAAUUUCGAAUUUACUGGUGAAGUGGUCAUAAAUAUUUUGGUGAAAUAUUCAACUCCAGUGUUAACUUUGAAUGCAGUUGAAUUAAAUAUACAAACUAUUGAAAUAAAGAACAUUAAUAAUAUGGCAGAAAGUAUCACAAAUGAGUUUAAAUUAGUUGAAAAAAAUGAGCAACUCAAAAUUACAAUUGAAGAACCGGGAUUUAUUGCUGAUCAACAAUAUGAAGUUAAAAUCAAAUAUUCGGGCGAAUUGCGUAAUGAUAUGAUUGGUUUCUAUCGAAGUUCAUACAAGAAUGAGAAAAGCGAGACUAAAUGGUUAUCUGUCACUCAAUUUGAACCAACAUAUGCAAGAAUGGCAUUUCCGUGUUACGAUGAACCGAUAUUUAAAACACCUUUUAAAAUAUUUAUUAUGAGAAAAGACACAGAAAUAUCGUUAUCAAACAUGCCGAAGGACGGUGUACCAUUCCAGGUUGGUAAUUAUAUAUGUGAUCCGUAUAAAACUACAGAUCCGAUCGCAACGUACUUAGUGGCAUUUUCUGUUUCUGAAUUUUUGACAACAACUACCGAUCAAAAAAUCCAUGUCUACACACAUAAAGAAUAUCUUGAUCAAGUAACAUACAUUGAAAAAAAGGCAAAUACAUUACUCAAUGUGAUGGAAAUUUACACAAAUAUUCCAUAUCCAUAUCCGAAAAUGGAUUUUCUAGCAGUACCAGACUUUUCAUCUGGUGCAAUGGAAAAUUGGGGAUUGAAUACUUACAGGUAUAAAAUGUUUUUUAGAUAAAUAAUUGAAGUUAAU